AUGGCAGGCCGAGGCCGAGGCUGGGGCUCCGGCCAGGGUCGCGACUGGUACGGCAGCUGGGGCCGCAGCUGGGACAGCGGCUGGGACAGCGACUGGUACGGCUGGAGUGAUUGGGGUGGCUGGUGGAGCGGUUGGCCAGAACAGUGGCCAGGUGAUCUUGCCACUGGCACCGCCACUUCAUUGCGACGGCGACGUCGCCGGACCGCUUUGGCCACAAGAGAGCCCGCAGCCCGCAUGACCAUCAAGGGCCUUCAAGCUGAGGCCGCUUGGCGGCAUUUUGUGCGGGAGACCAACAAGCUGGCAGAGCAAGGUGUGCUGGCAGAUCUGGAAGAUGGCAAGGUGGCCUGGCACCGCUGCCCACCAGCCAAGCGGGAAAAAAAGCAGGACGACGAUUCCGUGGACUGGGGCGGCUCGGAGGAGUCACUGUCUGAGGCGGGAGGGCAUGCGGCGCCCGAUCAUGUAGAGACGGAUGAGUCGUCUGAUGGUCUUACCUCAGACGAAGAAACGCAAGAGGAUGCUGCGACUACAGGGCCUGCUCCGCCCCAGUCAAGAUGGGAACGACUGAGAGCCUUGGCCAUCAGGCAAGUUCAGGCAGCCAGAGACAAGAAUGGUCUCAGCCAAGAGGCUGUCAACCUGGUGCGGAGCGUUUCCGAGGAGGAGCCACUGCCCAAGGAGCUUCUGAGCUUGAAGAUUUCUUUCUGCAUCUGCUGCUUCGGCCGUGGAUGGCAGCUCAGGAAGGCGUUGCCAGCAAAUAUUAUGCUCCAGCGCGGCCACAUGCAGAAUGUGCGUUUCUGCAUUUCUUUGUAUGACAAUGCCGGCACGGAUGGCGAGAAGACAAGAGUUUUCAUCGAAGAACAUUUCCAGGAAGAGCUGGCAAACGGGUUCUUGGUGGUCCGCUUUGCAAAUGAUGUGCCGCAUUUUCAUUCCCCCGUGUGCAAGAACGCGGCUCACAAGCUGGCAUUGUUGGUGCCUUGGGGCCAAGGCUUUGUGUCCUCGGAUGGUCUUACCUCCUUGGACACGGACUGGACAAGGGAGCCGCAGACCUGGGAAGACGUGGCGCCAGCGACAGCUGCCUCCACGGACAGACGCAGGCACAUCCUAAUCAACCUGGACGCCGACAACAUUUUGUCUGGCAAUUUUGUUGGCCUCCUUGCCGCCAACAACCAAGUCCACGGUGGCAUUACGACCCUGCCGAGGCAGAUGUUUGGUUUCCGCUGCGACAUCGACUUCUUUGAGCGCCUGAAGCACAAGGCGCCGGGCUGGGCCUAUCGACUCUCCUUCCACCGCGGGUGGUCGAUCCCAAAUGACAGAGACGAGAAAGUUGCCCAAACCACAGCAAAGGUCCAACAUUCGGGCUGCAGUCUCACGUGGUCCUUGCAAAAUGCAAGGAACAGGGACAGCAGCAAGGAGCAGCUUAGUGAGGGGCGGUGGUUCCGGAAUACGGACACGCAACCGGAGCCCCGCAAAGCGCUGCUGCUGCUGAAAGCAUUGGGCGGCCCCUCACUAAGCUGCUCCUUGCUGGCUGCUGGAAGGAUCAGGGAUGGUCUUACCUCCCAGGUCAGGGAUGGUCUUACCUCCCAGGUCAGGGAUGGUCUUACCUCCCAGCGCGGUGCAGGCGAGGACCAUGCCAAGACAGAGGUCGAUGAGGCGAUGGAGGUGGACCAGGAGCCCCCAGUCCAAGCCACGAAGGAGGAGGCGGCAGCUGCUGCAGACGCGGCGAUGGAGUCCGCAGACGAGCCGGCCACAGCGAAGGCACGUCCAGCGGACAGGCCUACGGCUGGGAUGGUCUUACCUCCCAAGCGGAACAAGGUCUACGUGGACAUUGUGACGUGUGGGGUGGCCAACCUGCAGUUCACUUUGGCCCCGGCCAGCGGCAGGAACAGGUUGCCGGCAGCCCUGUACCACAAAUGCAAAGCAAUGAGGCUGUUGGCAACUUCCAAAGGAGACCGGGCGGUGGACCACAACGCACUUGUUGAGAUGCUGCGCGAGGUGGACGUUUUCCCGCGCAACACCACGGAGCAUGUUGCGUUGGACACGCGGGUCUUCCACGACCCCCGGAAUAAGAACACCCUGCGCCACCACAUAGGGUACCACCCCGAGAUCAUACGCAUGGUGGCGGACACCCAGACGACAUGGUUCCACGAGUUUGUCCGCUUUGUGCGACGCGCGGUCCGCGCCGCACAAGAAAAAGACAUCCCCGCGGGUCAGCGCAGGUCGGUCGGCGUCCUCUGCUUCUGCAAGAGCGGCAACCACCGCUCCGUGGCCAUGGCCUUUCUCCUCCAGCACGCCUUACAAAACUCCAACAUCAUAGAGGCAGUUCAAUGUGCUCACGUGACCGAGAUGGCAGGGAACUGGGCAGAGCGCCAGUGCGGACCUUGCGACAUUUGCCGUGGGCAACCAAACCAGGUCAACACGGCUCAUGAUAAUAUUUUGCGCCAGGCGAAACAUCGCGCCAGGAGUGCCUGGAAGCAUGCAGUCCAGAGCGCGUGA